GAGCUUUUCACUAUUUCACAAUCAUCGCUGGUAUGACAGUAUUUAAUUUAAUUUUCUAAUUUGCAUUGAUGAUACAUGUCCAUUACAGUAUACAGAAAAUGACUAUAGCUUUGGCAGAUUUAUUUCCGGUUUCCUUCACUGCGGAAUUUGACCUUACCUCUAACCUUUUAAUGGGUCAAAAAACCCACGUGGUGUAAAUUUAAAUAACAAUAACGUUAGGAGGGGUGAUUGUUACGACAGGGACACAAUUACAAAGCCUGAGACUGGAAUUUAUCCGUGAACCAGACAUUAUUCAAAAUGUGUUUUUCAUAGCAUAAACAGGGACCACAUAAUGCAGCGAGUAUGUAGUGUAUUCAUCCUUCAAGUAGUUUUCUUAUGGAUAUUUCAUUGUCACUGGACUUCGGCUUCCACAUUUAGGCUGUUUCCGGUAGACAUUUGCCCAAAAAAUGAAACUGAAGUGGAAGAAGCCUCGGAGAGACUUAAUUGUUCCUUUGGUGACGACAAGACUACGAAUGAGUAUCACUGUGUACCCUUCUCAAACUUUACACAACUUGUCGAGUUUUGUUAUCCGAAAACAAGUGGAUUGAUAGAAAAAGGACUUUGUAUGAUCCUUGAGGGAUACACUUUGGAUGAUCGGAAUUGUAGUCGUUUUAAGAAUGGCUGUCCUGACAUACAUUAUACUUCUGAGACAAUGUACAAAUUUCCUAUGUGUUCGCGAAUCAAUACAGAAUUCAGAUGCUAUCUGGCUGAACCCUCCUGUCCUCCUCCCAGACAAGUUUCAUCCGACAGCACAGAAUCACAGAAUACCACAACAGAGGAAAAUAUCACCGUGGAUGUGAAUACAGCAGCAUGGGUUAUAGCAAUAGCGAUAUUAAUUCCCGUCGUGAUUUUUCUGUCUUUAGCACUGGUUUAUUAUAAAUUCCAAACAACACAAAAAAGAACCAAAGAGAGAAAUGAUGUUGAAGAAAUGGAGAGCCUUUUGGAAGGCCAAUCUUUCCAGGAAAAUGUUAGAGCGGAUGAAGAUUCAUCUUCGUUGAAUCCAGGAGACACAGAAAUCACGAUUGAAGACUACGCCAGAGACGAGAAGUUUCAAGAGCGUUUCCAACAAUAUCUUAAAGAGGGAUCGGUGGAUGUGUGUCCAAUAUCACAAAUAAUUGUCGUUGGAGAGAAUGGAGUAGGAAAGACAACUCUUCUUUAUCGACUUCAAGGAAGACAUCAGGAAGAAAUAGAUCAUAUACAAUCAACAAGAGGCAUAGACUGUCACACACAAAAAUUCGGAUUCAUUGUAACCAAUGACCAACUGGAAAUAAAUAAAGAAGGGAAAAGCAAUCUGGCGGUGCCUCCAGAAAACGUGCUAGCAGGUGGACGUUCUACAGGAAUCACUAAAGAAGUAACAAUCGUAAAUGAGGAUCAAAAAGAAGUGAAGAAAAGUGGAGAUAAUGAAGAAACUUCUUCGUCCAAAUCAAAUAAGAGACAUGAUAUGAGUAUAGAAGAACAAAUUACAGGUGACGAGAGAGAGGCUACAAAAGAAGGAGAUCACACGUUACAAGCAUCAACACGUAGAACAGAAGAAGAAGCUAUGCCUGAAGAGAGGACAACCACAACAGAAGUAGCUAAAACUGUAGAAGUGAAGAAAAGUGGAGAUAAUGAAGAAACUUCUUCGUCCAAAUCAAAUAAGAGACAUGAUAUGAGUAUAGAAGAACAAAUUACAGGUGACGAGAGAGAGGCUACAAAAGAAGGAGAUCACACGUUACAAGCAUCAACAUGUAGAACAGAAGAAGAAGCUAUGCCUGAAGAGAGGACAACCACAACAGAAGUAGCUAAAACUGUAGAAGUGAAGAAAAGUGGAGAUAAUGAAGAAACUUCUUCGUCCAAAUCAAAUGAGAGACAUGAUAUGGGUAUAGAAGAACAAAUUACAGGUGACGAGAGAGAGGCUACAAAAGAAGGAGAUCACACGUUACAAGCAUCAACACGUAGAACAGAAGAAGAAGCUAUGCCUGAAGAGAGGACAACCACAACAGAAGUAGCUGUAACUGUAGAAGUUGGAAAUAUGAAAGAGGAAAGCACAAACUAUAGUAGUCAUAAACAACCUACACGUGACGAGAAUACAGAUGGGAACACAGAAGCUGAAACUGCUGAAAGUGUUUGCGUUACCGGAAUCUCUGGGAGUUAUCUUCCUUCCAAAGAUAAUUGGGUGAAGAAAAUGAUGUCAAUCGUAAAAUCCAAACUGGCAGAAGCACGAGAUAUUAGACUGCAACUACGGAACAAAACUGAUGUUGUGUUGAAUGUCUUAGAUUUUGCUGGUCAAGGUGCAUAUUACGCCUCACAUCAGACACACAUGCGCAAAGACGCAAUUUAUAUAAUUGUUUUCGACGUUUCGAGAGACUUAGCCGGGAGAAGGAGAGACGAAGAUUACACGGAGUCUUCGGAUAACAAAACUUAUCUUUGUGACAGACCAGAUACAUCAUUCUCAUGCUGGACUCAAAAAGAUUACAUUCAUUACUGGUUGAAUACGAUUCGAGUUCACGGGGGAAACUGUGAAAACAUCAUUCUCGUAGGAACUCACGGAGACAACAAAAGGAGUGACUUCGAGUUAAAAUACAAAGAAUUACUGGCAACCAUUCACGACCUCUUACCAGAGAAGAGAUGUGAAGUCAUAAUGGAUCUGUCCAGAAAAAGUGAAGAGGAGGAUAUCAAACUAAUGCACAUUAAAGCGUACAUUUGCAAAGCAGUUUCAAGUUCAAUGAGGAAAUGUGUUCCGGCAAAAUGGAUGAAGUAUGAAGACGUCUUUGAGAUGAUAAAAUCAGAAAAGAAAACACCUGUGAUUAGUAUAGACGAUCUUCUGGAAAUGAUUGAUCACAUGGAGAUAGAAAUGUUGGAUGUUGAAAUUCACGACAUGCUGCAUUAUUUUCAUAAAAAUGGAAGCAUUCUUUUCUUCAAUAUGGACAGAUUGCGAGAAAUUAUCAUUUUAGAUAUCCAGUGGUUUGUUGACUGUUUUAAACACAUAAUAACUGAUCGGGAACACGCCAAAGAAGAGAAUGGAAUCGUAAACAAAGAUGUCCAGGAAAAAUGGAAUCUGUUUUUUGAAAAAGGUUUGAUGGAUUCGAGCCUUUAUAACAAUCUGUUAAACGCCAAAGCUGCCAAUUUGCCACAGGGACAUCGAGAAUUACUAGGAGAAUAUCUACAGAAAUUGGGAAUGAUGCAUCACAUCGAGGGAUUUGAAAUUUCGGAACACAAGAAGAUUAAUGCUUGGUAUGUUCCUUGUGUAAACACCAAAACAUUUACCCCAAAGAAAGAGAAAUACGGGGAAAACGAGGCAUCACCCAUUUUAUGUUUCCGAUUUGAAGAUUAUUUGCCUAUAGAUUUAUUUGGAAGGAUGAUAGUUCUCUGCUUGAGUUCAGGAAAAUGGUGUAUUGUUCGUGGACAUCUCUACAAGGAAGGUGCGCACAUGCUUUAUCGGGAAACAGAUAAAAGCAAAAGUGAUCCAUUACAGGUUUACUUGUUCACAGCAAGAAACAUUAUCACGGUCCAAGUAAUCAACAGAUCAACAACAAAAUUACAAGGAACGGGAGUUAGGAAGGAAAUUCAAAAUACCAUUCAAGAACUUCUAUCAAAUUUCUAUGCAUGCUCAAUGAAUUGCGAUAUUGGAUUUUUGUGCAGUAAAAAUGAAGGUUACAAAGAUUCGUCCAUUGAACAUUUCAUAUCAUUGCCCUCCAAAGACAAAUAUUGUCAUGUCUGUGAAAAUGAUGUCAAGCGUGAGGCGGAGCAAGCAUGCGAAUUUUGGAAAAUUCUACACAAGGAAGACUAUACUCCAAAUAAAAUGGAAUCAGUGGAAGGAGAAAGACAGUGGAUUAUCGCUUGUUGUCAGGCCUAUCGGAAGGUCCGGGGGAAAAUACUCUCUAAUUUCAAUGCAGCAAAAGACAUGGAAUUUGGAACUUUCUACACUUCUCUGCUGAAGAAAAGUGACUCAAUUGUCACUACAACGGGAGAACAAGCUAUAGAUCAAGAGACCAAAAUGAAGAGUCUUGAUAGUUUUGUUGACAUUGGUGUGCAGUUAAAACAUCUUAGCAAUGCUUCCUAUACAAGUAAAAGGAAUAAGGAACAAAGCAUGGCAUCCAUCAAGGAAAUUGCGCAUACUUUGAAAAAAAUAUGUAUGACGUUUAAUGACGAGGAUAGAAGUUUGAGACGACAUUUCUUUUUCUUAUGGACAGACACUGUAGAAGAUGUUCAACUUGAAGAUAUCCAAAAUAUACCUCAGAUAGAUUUAAGUGUUCCAAAAUUGAAGUUCGGCAAUGACGUAAAAUUGAAGGCGAGCGUUGAUGUUGAUGCAUCUCUGUUCAUCUGGCUAAAGAAAAACCAUCCUAGAAACAGAUUCGAAAUUUUAAGACAAACUAGAAAGUCAAUAUUUGGCCAAAUGAGAAAGGAUUCGUUUCACAUGAAACGGUUUUCAAGGGAUGAUGAAGGACAUUACCAACUUAUAGUCGCAACCAAAAAAACAGUUGGGAGAAGGACAUUUGAGCUACAAUCAGGAACGAAUGGCUACACUCCACUUCAUGAAGCUUGUCAAGUUGGCGAUGAUACCACCGUACAACAACUACUGCAAAAUGGCGCCGACAUGAAUGUAUAUGACAAUAAAGGAUUCAAUCCUCUUCACAUAGCCUGUGGAAAAGGACAUGACAGCACGGUACAGCUGUUACUGAACAAUGGCGCCGACAUUAAUCUAUGUCAGAAUGAGGGAGCCAGUCCUCUAUAUAUAGCUUGUUAUAAAGGACAUGACAGUACGAUACAACUGUUACUGAACAAUGGCGCCGACAUUAAUCUAUGUCAGAAUGAGGGAACCAGUCCUCUAUUUAUAGCUUGUCAAAAUGGACAUGACAGCACGAUACAACUGUUACUGAACAAUGGCGCCGACAUCAAUUUAUGUAGAAAUACAGGAGCCAGUCCUCUAUAUAUAGCUUGUCAAGAAGGACAUGACAGCACGGUACAACUGUUACUGAAAAAUGGCACCGACAUUAAUCUAUGUCAGAAUGAGGGAGCCAGUCCUCUAUAUAUAGCUUGUCAAAAUGGACAUGACAGCACGGUACAACUGUUACUGAAAAAUGGCACCGACAUUAAUCUAUGUCAGAAUGAAGGAGGCAGUCCUCUAUUUAUAGCUUGUCAAAAUGGACAUGACAGCACGGUACAACUGUUACUGAACAAUGGCGCCGACAUUAAUUUAUGUAGAAAUACAGGAGCCUGUCCUCUAUUUAUAGCUUGUGAAAAAGGACGUGACAACAAGGUACAACUGUUACUGAACAAUGGCGCCGAUAUCAAUUUAUGUGACAAUAAUGGAGUCAGUCCUCUAAUUAUAGCUUGUCAAGAAGGACAUGACAGCACGGUACAGUUGUUACUGAACAAUGGCGCCGACAUUAAUCUAUGUCAGAAUGAGGGAUCCUGUAGUCCUCUAUAUAUAGCUUGUGAAAAUGGACAUGACAGCACGGUACAACUGUUAUUGAACAAUGGCGCCGAUAUCAACUUAUGUAAUAAUAAUGGAGCCAGUCCUCUAUUUAUAGCUUGUGAAGAAGGACAUGACAGCACGGUACAACUUCUACUGAACGAUGGCGCCGAUAUCAAUUUAUGUCAGAAUGAUGGAACCAGUCCUCUUGGUAUUGCGCGUCAAAAUAAGCGUCACGAUGUAGUAGAAGUAUUGCUUAGAAAAUUGCGGUGAUAUCUAACUUCAUCGACGAUUGUUCAAUGAUUUUUUUACUCAAUUAACUCGUUCAUUCAUAAAAAAGGACAGGUGCCUUAAUGAACGAGUGAGGAGUAAAUAAUAUCUAUUCUAUACACCGCAAGAAUAGGACAGAUACUUAUAUAAUGAACGAAUCGGAAAGUUAUGGAAAAAUAGAUAUAAACACAAGCUUCUGAAUUGUUAAAGAAAAUGAUAUAAUUCAUAUUGUUGGUAUAUAGCGUGCAGUACAUAUAUGCUUCUUGUUAUACACCUGUCCUCAGACGGGGUAUACUAUGUUCUGGCGUUGUCCGUGCGUCCGUCCGAGGUCAUGUUUUUCGGACUUUUUCCCGUUACGUACAUAUGUACAGCAUUGACAUUUAGUCAAAAUAUCACGCUCAAGAAGCGUAAACGUGAGUUUAUAUAUCAAAUAGAUCGGUGCACCAUAACCACUUGAGGGCCAACAGUAGGUAAAACAGGUUUCCACACUUAUUUCGUUAUGAAUACAGGUAUUGCCCUGACAUUCUGUUACAAUCUCCCUCUCAGAGAAAUACAUGAUUAGUUCACAGCUGAAUUGCUGCACCAUGACCUUCCUUAAUGCUUUUCUAUUCAUAUACCUAUACUCAUUCAGAGUGCAUAUUGUGCUUAAAGGUUGAAUAUCACUGUCCUACGGACGUAUGAUGUACCGUUUGCGGUAUACUUGAUUCAAUAUAAUCUAAAUGCGUAAUAGAAUUCAAAUAUAUAAUGCAAAUCAUAGAUUUACAUGUAAUUUGAAUGUAGAAUAUAGCUUAAAUGCAUUCGAGAUUUAGAUGUACAAUGAAAUCAAAAUAUACAAUGAGCUAUAAUCUAAUUAUACACCAUACAUUGUAUGUAUAAUUAGGGAUCUUACAACGAGAUAGUCAAAUGCAAUGAAAACUAUAUAUAUAUAUAUAUAUAUAUAUAUAGCACUAAAUAAUCACAACUAGGUACUGAAAAUGUUGGCCCCAGCCCGGGGUCGAACCAGCGACCUACGGCACCCACCUUCUAGCAAGACUGUCAAACCAGUGCGUAAGUCCACUCGGCCACAACGACUUCCCUAAGAAAGGAAGCUUUGUUAUGCUCCUAAAGCGCUACUUAUACACACUGAUGCAAUCUCACACAGUCGCUGUGUCAUUCAGUGU